AUGGCACUGAAUUGGAUCAAUCCUGGCACAGACGAGAGAGCUGUCACGGCCGAAUUCCUACAGUCUGACGAGGCUCGGCAGCUUCGUCCAGGGCUCAGCGAACCACCGCUAUUCGAUGCGGACAGGGGACAGUUUGUUUCUAAUGGACCAAAGGCACGAAAUCUGCUCGCGGCGGAAAAGGAUUAUGAGGAUCAGGGCAAAGACAGAUGGCAUCGAAUUUGGUACGGGAUGGCCGAUAAAACUGAAUUAGUGACGCCAUGGAUCGAAAUUAUUCCAAAUGAGUAUGGUCUGGCAAUCGUAAAAGCAGGUGUCGCCGUGAUUCUGAAGCUAGCGAAGAAAUCCCUGGAAAAGCGAAAGAAGGUCUUGCAGGCUUUCGAAGAGAUCCAAAAAGCCAUGAUGUCGGCUAAUCCGCUCAAAGGCAGCUUUCGAUCGCAUCCUGGUGUGGCUGUCGCUUUGGAUGACUUACAUAAGGCAAUCGUUGACUCAGUGAAUGAUAUGCUUGUUCUCACUGCGAAGGAAGAGCAUUCCUUCUUUCAACUCCUGUCCGAGAAGACACAGGGUUUGAAAGACGCCAUAGAAAACGCACAUUAUCAAUCUAUAGAGAGUACAGAAAUGAGGACCAAAUCUAUAGAAGUUGGAACGGCUAGUGUGAUUCGUGGGGUCAGUCACCUCGACGGAAAGGUUGAUUUGCAGACGGAAGAGAUUCACCGCAUCAGCGUCGCCACACAAGAACAAAAUGCUCUGCUCAUGGGGCACGGCGAGAAGUUGGACGGUCUUAAGAUCUUAUUUGAAGCCUUGCAGAACGAGAAAGAGGUAAUCGCCGACGCCCACUUAACAAGCGCUAGGGAGGGCACACCAUCGGACUUGGGUAGUUGGUUCAUGAACAAGAUUACUGAUGUUCUGGUUGCACACAAGAAGGACAGUGAACUUCAGAAAUAUAUCAGCCGCGAAGCGCAUGCUAUCUCCGGACACAGGCGCCGCGCAGUCAUCAACGAAUUGCAGUUCUGUGAAGCCAUUGCGGAUGCUCCCUUUCACGAGGAUGAAAGACCAGAUAUUGAGGGCUUUGCCAUCCAGCCAGACAACGACUGGGGCACUGUUACCAGAUACAGUGGGGACUUUGACUCCAGGACACAAAGCCAGGUGCAGUCAAUAUUCCAGCAAGGGAGAUUUUUGGGCUGGAUGAGGAGCAAGUACCCGGAUCUUGUGCUUAUACUUGCUGACCUUCCAGCCUCGGGCACAGAAGGUAUUUCGCCCGUGUCUGUCUUUUGCGCCACACUCGUUUCAAGCCUGACCAAUAUUCGACGUGAGGAUUUGGUCCUACACUUCUUUUGUGGCCUUCAUGUCGACUCCUGUGACCCGAAUCCAGGACCGAGGGGACUUGUUCGAUCCCUCAUCAUGCAGCUUUUCGCCUAUCUUUCACGCACAGGCUGCGCUAAUCUGGAUUUUAUCUGUGAUCGAGGCUAUGAGCUUCUAUUCCAAUGCGAGCCCGGUACACAUGUCUAUUGCAUCAUAGACUCACUUACUCUGUUCGAGAGAGAUGUGUGGUUUCGGGACCUCAAAAAGGUGGCGAAGUUUCUGCAGGAAUUUGUCGAGAAUGAAGAAAUGCCUGCUGUAUUAAAGGUGAUGCUGACGAGUUCGGCGCUGUGCACCCCGGAGCUGAAGGAUCUGUUUACAGCGGGUCAUGGACACCGGGAGAGUGUUCUUUACUUGUCAGAAGACAAGUCUUUUGUGGAUGGUGACUUCGGGGAGGACGAGAUGGAGCACCACCUCGCGCAGAUGUCUCUCGCACCACGGCCCGGCGGAAAGCCGGACGCGGGUCGCAGCUACAGACAGUGUUACAAGGACUAUUACUGA